CCCGCUCCUCCCGCAGGAGAAGCCGCCGAGCUCCCGCUUCCCGUUGUGCCGUUUCUUCCGUCAUGGACGAGCUUCUGCUGGCCGGCGGCGGCGAGGAGGACGCUCGCUCCGAACGCUCGUCCUGCGCGGCCGCAGACGGAGGAGGAAUGGCGGCGCGCCUCGAUUCCGUCGUCCGCGCCGCCGCGAGCCGGGACGUCCGCCGGGCGCUGCGGAACUUCGCCAAGAGGAACGGCCUCCUGACGCUGUCGGCGAUGGCCGCGCUGACCGGCUGCACGCUGGGCUUCGUGCUGAGGGGCACGCAGCUCUCCACGCAGGCCAAGAUCUACUUCUCGUUCCCGGGGGAGCUCCUCAUGAGGAUGCUGAAGAUGCUCAUCCUGCCGCUCAUCACGUCCAGCUUGAUGUCGGGCCUGUCGUCGAUGGAGUCUCGCGCGUGCUGCCGCAUGGGCGUGCUGACGGUGACGUACUACCUGUGGACGACGUUCACGGCGGUGGUGGUGGGCAUCGUGCUCGUGGUCAUCAUCAAGCCCGGCGUGGGCACCGACAUGGAGAGCGACCGGCUGGGCGGCGGGCCCGUCGUGACCUCGGCCGACGCCCUCCUCGACCUCAUCAGGAACAUGGUCCCGUCCAAUCUGAUCGAAGCGACGUUCCAGCAGGUAGGCGUCAGCCGGCCGCUCGCCUAUUUGCGCUUGCCGUUCUCACGCUUCCCGUUUCGUGUUCAGUACAAGACGGACCUGGCGCAAGUCCUGAAGGUGCCCACCCGGACGGCGACCCCCAACUUUGUGUACGUGGUGCCCGGGGAGAGCGAUGGAAAAGGACGAACCGUUUUGCUGGAGUUGACGCCGGCGCCCGAGGUGACGUACAAGACCAGCCCGGGAAGCAGCCAACAGAUGAACGUGCUCGGCAUCGUCAUCUUCUCGGCUACCAUGGGCCUGUUGCUGGGCAGGAUGGGCGAGCGCGGCGCGCCGUUAGUCAACGUGUGCCAGUGCAUCAAUGAGUGCGUCAUGAAGAUCAUCAACGCUGCCGUGUGGUACUUCCCCUUCGGGAUCAUCUUCCUGGUGGCUGGUAAGAUCCUGGACAUGCAGGACCCGAGCACUUUGGGCGGGAAGUUGGGCUGGUACGGCAUUACCGUCCUGGCCGGCCUCUUCGUGCACGGUCUGGUGCUCCUGCCGCUCUUCUACUUCCUGCUGACCAAGAAGAACCCGUUCACGUUCAUCCGCGGCCUGCUGCAGGCCUUGGUCAUCGCCCUGGCUACCUCGUCCAGCUCGGCCACGCUGCCCAUCACCAUGAAGUGUCUCCUGGAGAAGUGCCACGUGGACCGCCAGAUCGCCCGCUUCGUGCUGCCCGUGGGCGCCACCAUCAACAUGGACGGCACGGCCCUCUACGAGGCCGUGGCCGCCAUCUUCAUCGCCCAGGUCAACGACUACGAGCUGGACUUCGGGCAGCUGGUCACCAUCAGCAUCACCGCCACGGCCGCCAGCAUCGGCGCGGCCGGCAUCCCUCAGGCGGGCCUGGUUACCAUGGUGAUCGUGCUCACCUCCGUGGGACUUCCCCCUAAUGACAUCACGCUCAUCGUGGCCAUCGAUUGGAUCCUGGACCGGUUUCGCACGAUGAUCAACGUGCUGGGCGAUGCCUUGGCCGCGGGCAUCAUCGCGCACCUGUGUCGCAAGGACUUCCCCCUCAGCGGUGAGGGAAAGGCGGUCCCGUCGUACGGCACGCACGAGCGCCGCGAGGGCGAGCGCGCCGCCGACGUGCCCAUGACCCACGUGCACACGCACAAAGAUGGCGACGCGGCACACACAGUCUACUACAACAUCUGCCAAGUGUGAGCCGCCGCACCCGCCGCUAACCGGCUAGCUGCCGGCGCUGUUGCCACGGCGAUGAGUCGCUAAGGAAGUUCGGACUGCCGCCGUUUUUUUGACAUGACCUUCACACGACCUCCAUGUGGCCUAAGUGAUCUUUGUGUGUGUCCGUGUGUGUGUGUGAGACAGCAUGCUGGCAUGCGUCUCUGGCUUCCUGCCGAGUUCUCGUCUUUUACUUCCCGUUUCCUGUUUGAACGUCACCACGGCAACAACGCAGCUAACAAGCCAACCCUCACUUGACUUUGAUGUCACUUGGAUUAUUUGUGCGAAAACGACGGCGAAGGAGAGCAAAAGUGAGAGUUGGUGCUUGCAUGUGUGUGUUUGGAAAUACAGGUAGUACAACCCCAAUUCCAAUGAAGUUGGGACGUUGUGUUCAACAUAAAUCCUGUUCAACCUAUAUUUCAUUGAAUACACUACAAAGACGAGAUAUUUCAUGUUCAAACUGAUCAACUUGACUGUUUUGAGCAAAUAAUCAUGAACUUAGAAUUGGAUGGCUGCAACACGUUCCAAAAAAGAGUGAGAAAGUGGAGGAAUGCUCAUCCGACACGUGUUUGGAACAUCCCGCGGGUGAACAGGCUCAUUGGGAACAGGUGGGGGCCGCGAUGGCUUCCCUGAAUUGCUCAGUCAAGCAAAGAUGGGGCGAGGUUCACCUCUUUGUGAACAAGUGUGUGAGAAAAUAGUCCAACAGUUUAAGGACAAUGUUCCUCAACGUACAAUUGCAAGGAAUUUAGGGAUUUCGUCAUCUACGGUCCAUAUCACCAUCAAAAGGUUCAGAGAAUCUGGAGAAAUCACUGCAUGUAAGCGGCAAGGCCGAAAACCGACAUCGAAUGCCCGUGACCUUCGAUCCUUCAGGCGGCACUGCAUCAAAAACCGACAUCGAUGUGUAAAGGAUAUCACCGCGUGGGCUCAGGAACACUUCAGAAAACCAAUGUCAGCAAAUACAGUUUGGCGCUGUUCUCUGGUCCGACGAGUCCGCAUUUCAAAUUGUUUUUGGAAAUUGUGGCUUUCGUGUCCUCCGGGCCAAAGAGGAAAAGAACCAUCCGGACCGUUAUGGACGCAAAGUUCAAAAGCCGGCAUCUGUGAUGGUACGGGGCUGCGUUAGUGCCAAUGACAUGGGGAACUUACACAUCUGUGAAGGCACCAUUCAUGCUGAAAGGUACAUACAGGUUUUGGAGAAACAUAUGCUGCCAUCCAAGCGACAGCUUUUUCACAGACGCCCCUGCUUAUUUCAGCAAGACGAUGCCAAUCCACAUUCUGCACCGGUUACCACAGCGUGGCUUUGUCGUGAAAGAGUGCGGGUACUAGACGGGCCCGCCCGCAGUCCAGACCCGACUCCCAUUGAAAAUGCGUGGCCAUUUUGAAGCGUAAAAUACGACAACGGAGACUGUUGAACGGCUGAAGCUGUACAUCGAGCGAGAAUGGGAAAGAAUUCCACCUCCAAAGCUUCAACAAUGAGUGUCCUCCGUUCCCAAACGUUGAUUGAAUGUUGUUCAAAGAAAAGGUGAUGUAACACAGCGGCAAACACGACCCUGUCCCAGCUUUUUGGGGAAUGUGUUGCAGCCAUCAAAUUCCAAGUUCAUGAUUAUUUGCUCAAAACAAUCAAGUUGAUCACUUUGGACAUGAACUAUCUUGUCUUUGUAGUGUAUUCGAUUAAAUAUAGGUGGAACAUGAUUUGCAAAUCAUUGUACUCUGUUUGGCGGCACGGUGGCCGACCGGUUAGAGCGUCAGCCUCCCAGUUCUGAGGACCCGGGAUCAAUCCCCGGCCCCGCCUGUGUGGAGUUUGCAUUUUCUCCCCGUGCCUGCGUGGCUUUUCUCUGGUUUCCUCCCACAUCCCAAAAACAUGCAUGGUAGGUUGAGUGACAACUCUAAAUUGCCGGUAGAUGUGACCGUGAGUGCGAAUGGUUGUUUGUUUGUAUGUGCCCCGCGAUUGGCCGGCAACCAGUUCAGGGCGUACCCUGCCCGAUGAGCACAGCCGCGACCCGCGUGAGGAGAAGCGGCUCAGAAAAUGGAUGGAUGGAUUCUGUUUUUAUUUAUGUUUAACACAACGUCCCAACUUCAUCGGAAUUGGGGUUGUAAUUCUGCCUUAAUUUCGUGUCUUCUGACUGCCAAGUUUCAACUGAAGCUCCCUUUUUAUAUUUUUUUAUGGAUUACUGUGAAAAUAAUCAUGAUGUGUGAAAUUAAAACUCUGUACAAAAAUAGACAUCUUUGUGUCACUUCGUCACAAGACUAGCUUAGCAUCACACCUGUUAGCUGCUGGCUCAGCAGCUGCUAGAUCUCCCUGUUAACGCUGAGGCCGCGUCCCAAAUCGAUCACUCGAUCGCGGUUCCGCCAUUUUGUAGUGGUGUCAGAAUGCUUAGUGAUCAAAUUGAGCGCCCUACAUAGUGCACUCAAAAUUUCCCACCAAGCAUAGCGGAAAGUCGUGACCGACUGAUGGUCGCUCGCCCAGUCGUGAUAUACCAUCAUGCAUUGCGUCUUCACAGAGGAAGAUGAAGAAUGGCGGGACUCGAGUCGUCGCAGACGGAGGAAUUGUUCGUAUCAAUGUCAGUAACCUUUCAACGAAGAUAAGAUUUCAAUCAUGUGCAGCAAUCUUUUUUUUCCCCUGCCCACCACAACAGCCUACGUUGUUAUUGUGACGUGACGAACGGGGCGCCGUGUGGCGUCCGGACCGAAAGCUGCGACGCUCGCGACUGAGACGUGGUGAGCCCAAAUAACACCGAACACAUUGCAGGGAAAUAUCUUCUUCAGGCAAGAUAUUUGUUUCCGAGUCGUGGGAAUACUUUGAUGGCUAACUGCACGCUACACGGGUAGAACUGGCUCCAUGAUGAAUGAGGAAGUGGCGGUUUCACCGGAAGGCCGCAGCAUGGAAUAAGGGCGCUUGGUGUUUAUGUAGUGGGGGACGGGAACACCCAACUUGAAAGGCUUCAGCCAUUGAUGUCAAACUUAACAGAAAAUGCACGUUGAGGGAGAACAGGAGAGGAAAAAGACAGCCACAUACACACACAGCAAGUGCUGUGAAGGGCUUUUAUUGGUAGUUGUGGGCGAGCACGUGCAUGCGUGUUUUGUUCAGCACGGACAGGGCGUUGCGGGUUCCGGGUCCAGGGUCCAGGGUGAGGCCUUUGCCGAUAAGGAAAGCUUCUCGUUGGGGUUCAUUUCCUCAACAUGUCCGAGGCGUCCGCCGAGCCGCCGGGACCCGGGAUGCACUUCCCGUAGUCGUUCCUGUACCGACCUGAAAGGCGCCACUUUCAGAAAGCAUGUUUUUGUGUGUAUUUGCGUGUGUAUGUUUCGUGUGUACACAAGCGUGCAUGUGUGUGGAUGCAUGUACUUAUUUGGUGUGUGCGUGGAUUACUGUCUUCUUCUUUGCCUUUGGGCUUGUCCCUUUAGGGGUCGCCACAGCGCGUCAUCCUUUUCCAGGUCAGCCUCUCUCCUGCAUCCUCCUCUCCAACACCGACGGCCCUCAUGUCUUCCCUCACGACGUCCAUCGACGUUCUCUUCGGUCUUCCUCUCGCUCUCUUGCCUGGCAGCUCCAUCCUCAUCACCCUUCUACCAAUUUACUGACUCUCUCUCCUCUGGACGUGUCCAAACCAUCCAAGUCUGCUCUCUCUAACUUUUUCCAGUCUAGCGUCAUCUGUCGGCCUAUCCAUCACCACUGCAAAAAGGAAGGGGCUCAGGGCUGAUCCCUGAUGCAGUCCCACCUCCGCCUUCAAUUCACCUCACCGCUGUUCUGCUGCCCUCGUACAUGUCCUGUAUUAUUCUCACAUACUUCUCUGCCACACCAGACGUCCGCAUGCAGUACCACAGUUCCUCUCUGGGUACUCUGUGAUUGGAUUUCUCUAGAUCUACAAAGACACAACGUAGCUCCUUCUGACCUUCUCUGUACUUUUCCAUCAAGAUCCUCAAGGCAAAUAAUGCAUCUGCGGUACUCUUUGUAGGCAUGAAACCAUACUGUUGCUCGCAAAUACUCACUUCUGUCCCGAGUCUCGCCUCCACGACUCUUUCCCAUAACGUCAUUGUGUGGCUCCUCCACUUUAUUCCUCUCUAGUUCCCACAGCUCUGCACAUCACCCUUGUCCUUAAAAAUGGGCCCCGGCACACUUUUCCUGCAUUCCUCAGGCAUCUUCUCACCCGCUAGAAUUCUGUUGAACAAG